AUGGAGCGUGUGUUCCCCAUUCGAUGCUUCGUCUUCGAAGACAGUAUACGCAAUCAGAAUAAAGGUCAUCAAGCAACCUUCCGUGAAAAAAGCAGCAGUCCUCUCAUCCCGUCUGACAGCACCGAGACCUUGAAGCCUUCCCAAUCAGCCGUACCUGAGGAAAGACCGAAUUAUCCCGAAAGUCAAAGCGCGGCAACAAGCCCCGGGUUUCCAUAUCUGCAGACUCAAAAGGAGAACGUACAGCCAGAAAUACAACUUCCGAAAACCUCGGAGGACGAACAGGUGGAGGUAUGUAUCUUGGGAACUAUCCAGUCAUAUGGAAUGUUGGUCGCGUUGAAGGAAGAAAGCAACGGCAUAUUUGAGGCUCUAGCCGUCAGUGAGAACUCUCAUGCACUUUGCAGGUACUCUCCAGAGGACAUCUUUGCACUGGCCAGCUUUUGCAGCAUAUUUCCAGAGGAGAAGCGCCCAGCCUUUGCACACCAGGCAAGGAUCAUCAGGAGUCAGUUUCUCCUGGCUCCUAAAUCCACAGAGCCUAAGGUGUUUCCCAUACCGUUUAUGGACCCUCUGGGGGGCUUGAUACCUUGCUGGUGUGCUAUUCAUUGUGCGGGGAUAGACCAGUCGGUCCUGAUAUGUGAAUUCGAGCCUCUAAUCUAUCCCCGAAUCACCAUGAUGACUCCCCUCUCGGAUAUUGAAUCGCCAUUGGAGAACCAGGAGGACGAUCCCAUGGACGCCGCUGAAAUCCAAGGGACCACGCUCCGGUCUCUUCACCUUUCAUCAGGGAUCGAUGACCUCUUCAACGGAGGAGGGAGAGCUACCGAGAUCCUGAGUAUAAUAUCUCAAAUCCAACAACGGUUCUCUGCCGCUAUCGUUGUCCAAGAUCUCCUGAACAUUCUCGUCGGGGUAAUGCAGGAGCUAACAAAGUUCGACCGCUGCAUGGUGUACCAAUUCGACGACUCUUUCAACGCAAUGGUCGUUGCAGAACGAGUCCACCCUCGUUUGGGUAGAGAAAUCUAUAAUGGACUACAGUUCCCCGCAGCUGAUAUGCUCAAGCAGGCAGGAGACGACUAUGGGAUCAAUAGUAUACCAAUGCUGUUCGAUCGACAGCAAAGGCCCGUGCGCCUUCUCGGCCGCACCGUUACCGACCUUAUGACGCCGCUCGAUCUUACCUACGCGUAUCUAAGAACAAUGGCUCCGGUUCAUAUCAACUACUUGGAGGACAUGGGAGUACGAUCGACAAUGACGGUGUCUCUCCGCCAGCAGGGUGAGCCUUGGGGCUUGAUCUGUUGUCAUUCAUAUGGCCUCGCCACGACCAGGAUUCCUUUUCCAAUUCGAACGCUUUGUUACUGGGUCAGUCAGUGUGCUUCGAACUGCCUAGACAGGCUUCUAGAUGUCCCAUUGGUUCAAGCUCGCAAGCUUCAAAACCCCCUUCACGUGGACAAGACCCCGGAUGCGUUCAUCAGUGCCUCUUCCGAUGAGCUAUUGAGGCUAUUCCAGGCUGACUCAGGGUUCCUGGUAGUUAAGGGAGAAGCCAAAACGAUCGGAAGGUUAGCGUCGUACCAGGAAGCCAUCACGCUCCUCAGAUAUGUAUUUCUCAGGAAAUUUAAGCAUAUCUAUGCUACGCAAAGUAUAACUACUGACUUCACUGACUUAAGCUAUGAGCCAACGUUCAAACAUAUCGCGGGCCUUCUCUUUAUACCUUUGUCCGCAAAUCCUACCGAUUUCGUCUUAUUUUUCCGAAAAGAUCAACAUAAAGAAGUCCACUGGGCAGGUAGUCCCAGUGUAUCGCUAUCAGGGUCUCGAACGUCAAAGAGUGCCUUCAGGAAGUGGACGGAAAGGGUCCAUGGGACUUGCAUAGGCUGGACGCGAGACCAACGUAAGCACCACGUCGUCCAGGUUACGCCCUGA